AUGGUGCGCGCCAUGUUUCGGAAGCUGGUCAGUCUCCUUUGUUUGGCAUAUUUGGCCGCUGCCGAGCAGCUCCCUCUUAGAGCGGACGACGAAUGCAACUCUGCCCAGUGUGCGGUGAGCGCACUGCAGGUCAGAGUCGAAGCAAGGCUGAGCGGAUUGCGAGCGGACCCUGAAGCACCGGAUUCAGUCGACGUGCCCUCUGGGCAAAGUGUGGAGUCUCCAAGAGACGAGCCCCCAGAGGAAGCUGAGGCUGAGCCCCAAACGGCCGAGACCCAAGUGUCCCCAGUCGAGGGUGAAGUGGCCGAGCACCCGAACAAGACAAACAUCACCGCGGACAACAGCGCGGACAGUGCAAGCGAGGCCGAAGUAGCCGACAAGCCGAACCAGACAAAUAUCACCGCGAACACCAGCGCGGACGGUGCAAGCGAGGCCGAAGUAGCCGACAAGCCGAACCAGACGAACAUCACCGCGAACACCAGCGCGACCAGUGUAAAAAAGGAGGAGUGCGGACCACCCUUUGCAGACCCAUAUGCCCAAUGUGGUGGUGAUGGCUGGAAAGGGCCGACUUGCUGCGCAGAGAAACGUAUUUGCUUUGAGGUCAACAAAUACUACUUUCACUGCAUGACCAAGGAGGAGGUGAUCCGAGACAAUACCACCACCACGACCACGACAACCACAAACGCAGAUCCACAGCACUGUCAGCUCGGCUACAGCCAAUGCGGGGGGAUGACUAACCGCGGGGAGGCCUUUGUCGGCAAUUCCUGUUGCCAUGGCGGUUUCUUCUGCCAAAAGAUUGACGAGAACUUCCAGCAGUGCGCUCCGCCAAAGAAAGGCGGACCCCAUUUCGUAUACAAGCCCUCCGCGGAGCUAACGAAGCCGAGCGAGGCACCGGCGUUCACCUUCUAUGUGUAUCGUGCAGAAUCUGCAAACGAUGACUACAUCACCAAUGUGAAUGUGGCGAAUUUGCCCGGCGUCAUGUGGUACCUUCACAAUGAGGUUGUGUGGAUGACGCCAAGGAAGUUCAAUAUCUCCAGGAUCUUCCGCUAUAAGAUCACCACCAAGGCCACGCAGCCCUUGUAUGAGUUGGGGAUGAACUUUGGUAUCCGUUAUGCCUAUGAUGCUGCGCAGUGCACUGGACCCUGGAACUGUGACCAGAACUAUGAGAGGUAUGGCUAUUUUGUUGGCUGUAACAACCUGGGGGAGUUCCCCUUCCCUACUUACCAAAUCUACUAUGAUGACGCCAAGUGGUUCACUCUUCCCGGCCCGUGCUCCUCGAACACUUACAAGGAGAAGGACGCAAAGUGCAUCGAGGAUCAGCCUGGUGGACACUGCGUUGGACCCCCCACAGGGGCUGGCGACUGCACGUACAACCUGGAACCAGCUGGAGAACUUUCACUCAGCGAGAUGGAGGGCAUCACGGAUUAUGCUGCCUUUGUGAAGGAGGGGAAGCAGGAGUUCAACAAGACCAACGAUACUGGGGUUGGCCUGUCCUUCUGGGAUGGGCUCAAUGAUUCCGACGCUAACGCGGAGAGGGUGGCCCAUGUCACAAAGCUCUUCAAGCAGAAGUAUCCGGACUUGCCUAGCGAAAUGAAGGCGCCAACGUGCGACUUCCGAUUUGAUGAGUUUUACACCGGCACGACCACAACCACCACAACACGCAGCACAACAACGACAACAACGACCACCACAACUACCACGACCGCGGCGCCAGCACAGGCCGCAUGUCAAGAUGCAGCACCAGGUGACAAAUGCUUCAGUGCUGUGAAUUGGGCCAAGAAAGAUGGAAUUCACGUGCACCCGAAUUGGUAUCCUGGCCUCUCAGCGGCUUCCUCCUUCAGCGACUUUCAGGCUCAGGUGCAUCGAGCCUCGCCCGACGUGUGCCCCUUGCCGCCGUGCAGCAACGGCCCGGCCUCUCCGGCGACAGCUCCAGAGCCCGCUCCGGCAACUCCAAGACCAGCAGGGUGCAUCGAUGCAUCGCUUGGCACUUCGUGCUACUCAGCAGUGAGAUGGGCGAUGCAGCAUGGCAUUCGUGAGCAUCCAGACUGGUACCCUGGGCUGACUGCCAGCUCAACCUUCGCUGACUUCCAGGCUCAAGUUCACAAGGCGACUCCGGGAAAGUGCCCUGUGCCAUGCAGCAGAAGCCAGUGA